GAAAACAAAACCUGUCUUCUUCUUCUUUUGUUCAUUGCCGAUGGUUAAUAAAUUCUCCCACUUUGACCCCUCCAAAAUUUUCAGACUUUUCACACCAAUUUGCCGCCUAAAAUUCCAUUCGCACAGUAAAAAAAGCGAUUCGCCCGCCCAUUUCGCCCGCCCCAACCCAUUCCAAGCCUCAGCAUCUUUACGACCCUGUCCAUAUAAAUGUUCUCACAGACAAAAUCAUAAACAGAUGUCCCACAACUGUUUUCCAAGAUUUUUAAACGCGCUUAGAAAAGCCCGCAACCUAAUCGGCGUCGCCACCCUCUCUGCCUCCGCCACCACUGCCUCCGCCACCGGUUCCAAGAUCCCUUCAAUGGAUGAUAUCCAAACCCUGAAGACGCGUCUCUGCAUAAUCGGGAGCGGCCCAGCUGCCCACACGGCGGCCAUCUACGCUGCCAGGGCGGAACUCAAGCCCAUUAUGUUUGAAGGAUGGAUGGCCAACGAUAUCGCCCCAGGUGGGCAGCUCACCACCACCUCCGAAGUUGAAAACUUCCCGGGUUUCCCUGAUGGGAUCGGCGGAAUCGAGCUGACCGAAAAGUUCCGCAGCCAAUCCCAUCGAUUUGGCACCGAAAUCUUCACUGAAACCGUGAAUAAAGUCGAUUUCUCGAAAAACCCUUUUACAAUCUUCACCGACUCCAAGACUGUCAUUGCUGAUUCCGUCAUCGUCUCCACCGGAGCUGUCGCUAAACGCCUUCAGUUCCCCGGCUCUUUAGAGUUCUGGAACCGUGGCAUCUCCGCCUGUGCCGUCUGCGACGGUGCCGCCCCGAUAUUCAGGAACAAGCCCCUUGCCGUGAUUGGCGGAGGGGACUCGGCCAUGGAGGAAGCUACGUUUUUGACGAAAUAUGGGUCUAAAGUUUAUAUAAUACAUAGGAGGGAUGAAUUUCGGGCUUCAAAAAUUAUGCAGAGCAGGGCUUUGAGCAAUCCCAAAAUUGAGGUGCUGUGGAAUUCUGUGGUGGUGGAGGCUUAUGGGGAGAAAGUGUUGGGGGGCUUGAAAGUGAAGAAUGUGGUGACCGGUGAGGUUUCGGAUGUACAGGCUAAUGGGUUGUUUUUCGCAAUUGGGCAUGAGCCUGCUACUAAGUUUUUAGGUGGGCAGUUGGAGCUGGAUUCUGAGGGAUAUGUGGUGACUAAGCCUGGGACUACCCAUACUAGCGUUAAGGGAGUUUUCGCUGCUGGUGAUGUUCAGGAUAAGAAGUAUAGGCAGGCUAUUACAGCUGCUGGCACUGGAUGCAUGGCUGCCUUGGAUGCAGAACAUUACUUGCAGGAAAUUGGCUCCCAGGAGGGUAAGAGUGAUUGAUUAUACAAAGCUUCUGCAAUGGAACUGAUGUCAAACUUAUGUUGCAAAACAUUACUGCUCUUUUAAUGAGCUUGAAGCACUCUUUCCUCCUAGUCUUCUUAAUGACAUUCCAUUCUUUGAACUUAUUGUGGUGGGGGUUAUCUUUAGCUAAUUAGUUCAUGAGACCUGUGAAUGCUGUUACUUAAUGGAAAUAGCUCUAUGUUGCUGAAAAGCUAUGCUGUGGCUUUAGAUAUGAAUCUCUGGCAUCUUAUGUACUAAUACUCAUUUUAUUGCAAUUAAAUGGUUUAAGAUUUUAAUAUUAUAAUGAUAUUGCUUCA